UAUUGUUACUGCUAAUCUGCGCUCUUUCCACUGCUCAUUUUCAAGCAGAGUCUGACAAUGAAACUCUUUCACAUUUAAGGCAAAAUUCAUCAAAGGAAGAAGAAGGAGAAAACGCCAAACAAAACCCGUCCACGCAGGAUGUCAGUGUUGUGCUGCCAGAGAUUACAGCCUCAUUGGCCCGACUGAAGGUGGAAGUGAAGUACUUGCAGAGAGAUAAUGAAGCUAAGACAAGAGAACUGGAGGAGCUUAAGCAACAGCUGAAAGCACAAGUCAUGAAAACAAGUAAACUGGAGCAAAAGAACCAAGCACAAGAUGUAAAGAUGACAGAAAUGGAGCAACAGAACCAAGUUCAAGAAGACGAAUUGAUCACCAUUAAAGCCAGGGCAAAAAUCACUGAAAACCAAGUGCAUGCUCUGAAGAGGGAAGGAGAAGUGAAACGAGUGGCUUUCUCAGCAUCUUUAUUGGACUCGGGUUCAUACACUUUUGGACCAUUUAACACGUUUAGAACUCCGGUGUUCAGAAAUGUUGUUACAAACAUUGGAAAUGCCUACAAUCGAAACUCAGGGUUUUUUGUUGCACCAGUGAGAGGAGCCUACCACUUUGAGUUCUACGUAUUUGGACCAGGAAGUCCUUCACAUUCGGUAUCUGCAGUGUUGGUGAGGAAUGGACAGCAUAUUUUCAUUGCCACUGAAACCCAGCCUUCACAUGGAGUUACAGCUGGUAAUGCUGCCACGUUACUCUUAGAGGUUGGCGAUGUUGUGUUUAUACGUCAGUGGCAAAAUUCAAGGAUUCAUGACAGUCAGAAUCAUCAUAACACCUUCAGCGGUCACCUGCUUUUCACCAUGUGAGCACCAAACUAUGUUAUUUUCAACAAGCUCAGUAAUAUUGCAAAUUAUGAAGGGUGUUUUAUCUUGACAUUUAUUCUAAAGAAAAUUAUGUUGGUGAAUUCUUUUCUCUUCCUUGAGGUUAAAUAUGUGGGGAAAAAAAUACAGAAGUACUAAUUGUAAAGUAGUAACAAAUACUGGAAGCUCUUUGUGAAGUGUGUGAAAAUCCUCUAUAUGUAAAUGUGUCAACAAAAUAUCCACAAAAGUACUUUAAUAUAAAUGUCUGUUGACUCAUCUGUCAUAGUAGAACAUUUUUCCUUAACCUCCUUUAUAAUGUCCCUUCCCAACUUUUCAGUUAAACAUCCCAGAAUCUCAUUUCACGUGUUUUUGACAUAUACUAGAUAUGAUGCUGCAAAAUGUUUGCAAGUGAAUCCAAAAUGUACAUCUCUAAAUUCAGAAUGUUCGAAACUUUUUGCUGUUCCAUGAAGUAUUUUGGGUGACGCCUUUAAAUUCAGCCGUACUGUGGCAUCAUCUUCAUGUCUUGAUUUAUAUAUAUAUAAAAAAAACAUGUAUGUGUUUUUUGACAGUAUGAUCUAAACGUAAUAUUGUUUUAUUGAAAUAAAUAUGUGGA